CUCUUCGGGCUUCUCCUAUUCUAGCCGCGCCGCUUCGGCAAUGGCGGCUAUAAGUUCUCUGGUGGGAAGCAUUCCCCAAAUUGGUCCGACAAUAUGCAGAGAUGAUGGUUAUUCAAAAAGGCGGGCGAAGAAUUCUGUGGUUUCUAUUAUUGGCCCUCGUCUACCCUUAUAGAAUCAUGGACAGACUAAAAUUAGCUUCUUUACCGCAGGCUGUCUUUGGACAAACUGGCCAAGAAAAUGGGUCAGCACCUACUCCUAGUGCGUUUGGUGCAAUGGCUAGUUUCCUUGUCCCUAAGCUUUCAGUUGGCCUGAUUGGAAAUUUGCCUACUGAAAGAUCGUCUAAUUCCAUUGAUCAAACAAAACUCCUUAAAAAGGAAAAGCACACUGUUCGUCCUCCUGUGAAGCAUAAUUGGUCACUCCCUGGAAGUAGUAUGCAUUUGAAGCCUCCACAGAUUUUUCAGCAUGAAUUGAUUCAGAAUUUCUCAUUUAAUAUGUUCUGCAAGAUUCCUGUGAACAGGGUUCGAACAUAUGGCGACUUGCGAAAUGUUCUAAUGAAGAGAAUAUUUCUUUCUGCUUUGCAUUUCCGAAUUAAUACAAGAUACAAGAGUUCAAACCCACCAUUUACUUCAAUUGAAUUGGAUCAUAGUGACUCUAGAAGGGAAGGAUGCACAGUCACUACUCUUACUGUAACUGCCGAACCCAAGAAUUGGCAAACUGCAAUAAGAGUUGCUGUUCACGAGGUUAGAAGGCUCAAAGAAUUUGGUGUUACUAAGGGUGAAUUGACACGUUAUAUAGAUGCUUUAUUAAAAGAUAGUGAGCAUCUGGCGGCUAUGAUAGAUAAUGUAUCUUCGGUUGAUAAUUUGGAUUUUAUUAUGGAGAGUGAUGCGCUGGGCCAUACAGUAAUGGAUCAGAGACAAGGACAUGACAGUCUGGUUGCUGUUGCUGGAACUGUUACUCUUAAAGAGGUUAACUCUAUUGGCGCCAAGGUGUUGGAAUUUGUUUCUGAUUUUGGAAAGCCUACUGCACCCCUUCCUGCAGCGAUCGUCGUUUGUGUUCCAAAGAAAGUGCAUGUUGAUGGAAUGGGUGAAACUGAGUUCACCAUUUCCCCUGAUGAGAUUACAGCUGCUACGAGAGCUGGAUUGGAGGACCUCAUUGAACCUGAGCCAGAGCUUGAAGUGCCAAAAGAAUUGAUAUCUUCAUCAUAGUUGCAGGAAUUGAGGCAGGAGCGCAUGCCAUCCUUCAUCACCUGUAGCCCAGAAACAAAUAUGACAAAAAUUUAUGACAAGGAAACAGGGAUCACUAGAGCUCGUCUUUCAAAUGGAAUUGCUGUAAAUUACAAGAUUUCAAAAAGUGAGGCUCGGAGAGGUGUGAUGAGGCUUAUAGUUGGUGGUGGACGGGCAACUGAAAGUCCUGAAUCAAAAGGUUCUGUUGUUGUGGGUGUACGAACUCUUAGCGAGGGAGGUCGUGUUGGAAACUUUUCAAGGGAGCAGGUAGAACUGUUCUGUGUGAAUCACUUGAUUAAUUGCUCAUUGGAGUCCACGGAGGAAUUUAUUUCUAUGGAAUUCCGUUUCACUUUAAGAGAUAAUGGGAUGCGUGCCGCUUUCCAAUUGCUUCACAUGGUACUUGAGCAUAGUGUCUGGCUGGAUGAUGCAUUUGAUAGAGCAAGACAAUUAUAUUUGUCAUAUUAUCGCUCCAUCCCUAAAAGCUUGGAGCGCUCAACUGCUUACAAACUCAUGUUGGCAAUGUUGGACGGGGAUGAGCGUUUUGUAGAACCUACACCAACAUCAUUGCAAAAUUUAACUUUGCAAUCUGUGAAGGAUGCAGUGAUGAACCAAUUUGUUGGCAAUAACAUGGAGGUAAGUGUUGUUGGGGACUUCUCGGAGGAGGAAAUCGAGUCUUGUAUUCUUGAUUACUUGGGAACAGUACAAUCGGCAAAAUUUUUUGAGACUGAGCAGAAGUAUAAUCCGGUUGUGUUUCGACCAUCUUCUGAUUUGCAGUCUCAGCAAGUGUUCUUGAAGGAUACAGAUGAGAGAGCAUGUGCAUUUAUUGCAGGUCCUGCACCAAAUCGUUGGGGUUUUACUGUUGACGGUAAAGACCUGUUUGAGUCGAUCACUGAUAUUUCUUCUAGUGAUGAUGCGCAGCUGAAAUCUGCAGAGCUAGUUGUGGAGGGUAAGGAUAUUCAGAAGGAUCUGCAAAGAAAACUCCGUGGUCAUCCGCUUUUCUUUGGCAUCACAAUGGGGCUCCUGGCUGAGAUUAUAAAUUCCAGACUUUUUACGACGGUCAGAGAUUCACUUGGCUUGACAUAUGAUGUCUCGUUCGAGUUGAACCUUUUUGAUAGGCUGAAUCUCGGAUGGUAUGUCAUAUCUGUAACAUCAACUCCUGGCAAGGUUCACAAAGCUGUUGAUGCAUGCAAGAAUGUCCUUAGAGGUUUGCAUAGCUACAAGAUUUCCCAAAGGGAGCUGGACAGGGCAAAACGGACGCUUCUAAUGAGACAUGAAGCUGAGAUCAAGUCAAAUGGCUACUGGCUUGGACUUUUAGCUCACUUGCAAGCUUUUUCUGUUCCAAGGAAGGAUAUAUCUUGCAUCAAAGAUCUUACUACUUUGUACGAAAUUGCUGCUAUUGAGGACGUAUACCUUGCAUAUGAUCAAUUGAAAAUAGAUGACGAUUCUUUGUACUCAUGUAUUGGAAUUGCUGGGGCUCAAGCUGGUGAUGAAUUGACUGAAGUCGAAGAACCAGAGGAAGGUUUUCCAGGUGUUUUCCCAGUUGGGCGUGGGUUAUCUACAAUGACACGGCCUACAACAUGAUCUUAGAUUAUACGUGCCAUCUCACAUAUAGUAAAGACAUAUCUAGCAUUAAGGUCCAGUGGCGAGAAGCUAAGACCAGAUAAUGCUAAAGGCCUGCUCGCCAAAGUCGCGCCAGAACAAAUUAUAGCACACACCAUAGUCAUGCCAUUCAACGUGAAGUCAUCAACUGUCUUGGUUGACAUGCUCCUGCAUAUUAUUACCAUUGGGAGCAAUUGGAAACCACUGAUACUUGCUUCAUUCCGAGUUCAACAGUGAGCAUUGGGACGUAGAAAACAGUAACAUGAUUUGUCUAGUACAAAAUUACGGGCUAUACCAAGUGCCUGGGCCAAUUCUUUGAUAUUGUAAAUACAUGAGCCUCUUGUCAGUUAUCCAAAAUUUUGCCUUAUGUUGUCAAUACUAGGCCAAUACCUAGACCCUAGCCUUUCUCUUUUGAUAUAUUACUGGUAGAUAAUAUAUUCAUGUCCCUGCCAAGUAUUCAAUUUGCAUCUGCCCAUGGAGGUUUUAUUGCAUAAAAUGAACAGGACAGUGUGGAUCCCCCAUCCGAAGCCUAACUUGUACUUUUUAGUGGAAAGUGUGGUGUAUAUGGAUCCUUAAUGAUGGGGAAAAGUCUUACUUGGGGAAGUUAAUUACGAAGCAAAUGUGCUGGUGUGUGGGUUGUAAUAUUGUAGAUUUUGAUAUCCAACUUUCCUAUUCAA